AUUCUUUUUCUAAGCGUUUUAUUUUAUUUUAUUUAUUUUAUUACUUUUGUAAGUUCUUUUCAUUCAUGUUGUUAAAUUCUUUUCUCUCAUACAUUCACGCCUGUCUUUGUAUCGCGAGUCUGAACCUGUUUUCCAGUAUGUACCGUGCACGGCAGGAAUUAUGCAUAUUCAUCAGCCUUCAAUGUCCAACGUAAGGAGAUGUCUCUCGAUUAGAAGAACAUCGACGUUGUACUCCCCGUUAGAAAGACACGCUAUACCGGAAGUAUUUCAGGUUCCACAAUCCGCUUCGCGACAUGGAACCUUCAUUUUCGUCCUCUUCAUCAUCAGCUGUUUGUUCAGUCUCUUAAAGAGCGCAGUGGAUCAAGACUUUUCUUGUAAGAGGGGCGGCGGCGACGGUGUUGUGCUGCCGGCUGGUUAUGGGCUGUUCUACUGUGGCAUGUUCCUCCGCCUGUACCAGCUGAUGUGGACGGAGGCUCUGGGGCUGCUGCUUUCACUUGUGCGUUUUAGCGAUGGGGUGUCCAUAUGUUACGGGGGCUUCAUCGUGAAUACGCCGUUUUGUACUUGAGCCGAGUACUGCAUUACUGAAGGGUCGGAUUCCGAGAUUGGGUGAAUCGCGACUUAAAUGCAUAAGACUCAGAACUCCAUCGGCAGCAUCUGGACCUGAGGCAUAUCGUGGCUAGGAUUGGGGCGGGGCAGGCCCGAAGUGGGGCGGAUUCCAGCGAACGGAAAUGUCGAAAAGAAGUCCCGAAUUGACUUGGAUUUGAUCGAGUCAUAGAGCAAAUUCACGUAGCGCAAGCAAUAUCAGAUGGGUGUCAAUUUCUUUGAUUCCAAUUCAUCUCAACUCCUAUGAACCUGUGCUAGACUUUUGAGCACAUGUAACCCCAGC